AUGCAGAGUAUAUCGAGCUCGCCUCCGACGCCGGAGGUGAUUUUGGAAUGGCUACAGAAGGAAAUGGGUUACAGGCAAUUAGGUCCGUACAAUGGUGGAACAAGCAAAUCUCAUGUCCCUUCCAUUGAUGCUAUAAGGAAGAUUUGUAGAGGGAACAUGAUACCUAUCUGGAGUUUUUUGAUAAACCGAGUGAAAUCGGAGAAGACGGUGGAGAGGAUUAGGAGGAACAUCACGGUUCAUGGUGGAAACAGCAAUGUUGUGAAGGAGGAGAGUAAAGGCAAAGGAAGACGGAAGGAAAAGACGGUGAACAAUGAGAUUUCGAGUUAUGCAGAAGGUAGAGAAGCUGCGUUGCAGGAAAAGGAAGUAGCUUUAAAGGAGGUUGAGAGAUUGAGGAACAUAGUGAGGAGGCAAAGAAGAGAUUUGAAGGCUAGAAUGUUGGAGGUCUCUAGAGAAGAAGCGGAAAGGAAGAGGAUGCUUGACGAAAGAUUAAGUUACAGGCACAAGCAAGCAUUGUUGGAAGCUUAUGAUCAACAAUGUGAUGAAGCAACAAGAGUAUUUGCAGAGUAUCACAAGAGGCUACAAGUCUACGUUGAUCAAGCAACGGAUGCGCAACGGUCUCUUGAUGCGUCGAGUGAGGUAUCAAGCAGCCUCAGUGGUUACAGUGAGAGGGAAGCUAUUUAUUCCACUGUCAAAGGAACAAAGUCUGAAGAUGAUGUGAUUCUCAUGGAAACAACACGAGAACGAGAUAUCAGGACAGUUUGUGAUUUGCUUGCGUCACGUAUGGUUGAAAGAAUACGUGGCUCCUUCCCUGCGUACGAAGGAAAUGGAAUUUGUUCACAUCGUGAGCUUGAAACUACCAAGCUGGGUUUUGAAUAUGAUGGAGAAAUAUCUGAUGAGAUGAAAAAUGUUAUAGUAAAUUCCCUGAGGGCUCCUCCUUUACUGCUUCAGGCUAUUGCUGCGUACACUCUACGUAUUAAGACUUUGAUAUCCAGAGAGAUGGAGAAGAUUGAUGUCAGAGCAGAUGCUGAAACGUUAAGGUACAAGUAUGAGAACAACCGAGUAUCAGACAAUUCUUCGUCUGAUGUGAGCUCGCCUUUGAGUUAUCAGUUUAAUGGUAAUGGGAAGAUAGGCACAGAUACUUAUUCCCAAGGAUCUAACAACCAGCUCCUUGAACGGCAGAAGGCGCAUGUUCAACAAUUUUUGGCUACUGAGGAUGCACUAAACAAAGCUGCAGAAGCCCGUGAUUUAUGUCACAAAUAUAUAAACCGUUUGCAUGAAAGUGCUGCUGCAGCUUCUUCACAUUCGCUUGCUGGAGGCACAACACAGAGUGUUAGCAACCUUAGGCGAUUUGAGUUGGAUGUAUGGGGUAAGGAAAGAGAAGCUGCUGGUUUGAGGGCUAGCUUAAACACAUUAAUAUCUGAAAUACAACGGCUGGAUAAGUUAUGUGCAGAAAGAAAAGAAGCUGAAGAUUCUUUGAAAAAGAAAUGGAAGAAAAUUGAGGAAUUUGAUGCUCGCAGAUUGGAACUUGAAACCAUAUAUACAACUCUUCUCAAGGCCAACAUGGAUGCUGUUACAUUCUGGAAUCAACAACCAGUAGCUGCAAGGGAAUACGCAGCAGCCACUAUAAUUCCAGCCAGUGAAGUUGUUGUGGACAUUUCAAACAGCGCAAAAGAUUUCAUUGAGAAAGAAGUGUCUGCUUUCUUCCAAAGUCCUGAUAACAAUCUCUAUAUGAUUCCAGCAACUCCCCAGGGACUUCUGGAGUCUAUGGGAGCUAAUGGAUCGACAGGACCUGAAGCUGUUGCCUAUGCAGAGAAGAAUGCUGCUAUAUUGACUGCAAGAGCUGGUGCAAGAGAUCCAUCUGCAAUUCCAUCUAUAUGUCGCAUUUCUUCUGCCCUUCAAUAUCCUGCAGGUCUGGAGGGUUUAGAUGCAAGUUUGGGCUCUGUUUUAGAGUCUCUUGAGUUCUGCUUAAGGGUUCGUGGUUCUGAAGCAUGCGUUUUGGAAGACUUAGCAAAUGCAAUCAAUUUGGUCCAUAUACGGAAAGAUCUAGUUGAAAGUGGUCAUUCUCUGUUAGAUCAUGCUUUUCAAGCCCAGCAAAAAUAUGAAAGGACAACAAAUUAUUGCCUCGAUCUAGCUACUGAACAAGAGAAAACAAUAUCAGAGCAAUGGUUGCCUGAACUUAAGACUGCGGUUCUGAAUGCUCAAGCUACCUCCGAGCACUGCAAAUACGUGAGGGGUUUGCUUGAUGAAUGUUGGGAACAGCCUGCAGCAACAGUUGUGGAUUGGGUCACUGUAGAUGGUCAAAGUGUUGCAGCUUGGCAAAACCAUGUCAAACAGCUUCUUGCCUUUUACGACAAAGAAUCAUUGUGA